AUGUCAUGGCCUCCAAGACAUGAGACAAUAUUCAUACAUAUAUUGCAUGAAUAUGUGAAGAAGGGUGACUUGCAGACAUCAACUUUUAAAAUGAAAGUUUGGGCAGAAAUAAGUGAUGAGUUGUAUGCACAAUGUGGACUAAAAUGCACUAUUCCACAACUUAAAUCUAAGUUUAAUAGAUUGCGAAAAGUGCAUUGUGACUUCUCAGACUUGAUUGAGCAUACAGGAUUUGGGUGGGAUCCUAUUGCAAACACAAGUAAGCCAAAAGCGAAGCAAUUUCGCACGCAAGGCUUAGAGCACUAUCAAGUUUUAGGGGAGAUAUUCAACACUACUACUGCAACCGGGCAGUUGCAUUAUGUCUCUAGUCAACUUCCUCCUAACUCAGAUGAUAAACGUGAGGUAGAAAACAACUUCCUUAAUACCGAAGUUCACAUCGAUGUUGACUUGGAUGAUGAUGGUGACAAGCCUCAACUUGUGAGUAGUAAAGGAAAAAGGAAAUGUGCAACUGUUGCUGCACUUGAGCGUCGUCCAAAGAAAUGGGAUAAAAUGGAAUCUUAUUUGGAUGUUUGUAGUGAAGUUAUGAGUCAAAAAUUACAACGGAAAAAGGAAAAGAGUCUUGAGGCAUUUAGCACGUCUAAGGAGAUGUAUUCGAUUGAAGAAUGCAUAGAAAUUGUUGAGACAACGGGAGACAUUGAUAACGAUACAUUCAACAAGAUGCUAGAAAAGAUAGUGCUUAUUGAAUGGAGGAAAAGAUAG